AUGCAUGCAAAGAUGACCAAAUUACAGGCUCUCUUCUCCCUCUCUCUUGUUUUUCUCUGCCUCUGCAGCACAACUUUAGGCCAGCUGGCGCCAGCUCAGGCCCCAGCUCAGGCCCCGGCUAAGCCUGCUGAUACCCCGGCACCACGUGGCACCCCCGACGUCACCAAAAUCCUCCAAAAGGCCGGAGGAUUCACCAUCCUAAUCCGCCUCUUAAGGACCACUGCAGUGGCUGACCAAAUCAGAGGGCAACUCGACAAUUCAGACACUGGUUUCACCCUCUUUGCUCCAACCGACUCCGCAUUUUCCAACCUCAAAUCGGGAACUUUAAACUCUCUCAGCAACGAAGAAAAGAUCCGGCUCAUGCAGUUUCACACCUUACCCAAAUUUUAUUCUCUGGAGAACUUCGAAACUGUCACCAACCCGGUUCGAACGCAGGCAGGAGAUACCAACCCCGGCGAUUACCCGCUAAAUUUGACAGCUGCGGGAGGCCAAGUCAACAUUUCGACCGGCCUUGUGAAUGCCACAGUCAGCGGUACAUUAUUUUCUGCUAAACAACUUGCUGUGUAUCGAGUGGACAAAGUGCUUCUUCCUCUGGACAUCUUCGUUCCAAAGCCUCCAGCACCGGCGCCGGCACCGGUCAAGCCUAAGGCUAAGAAGGCAGCAGCUAGUCCAAAGAGUAGUAGUACUACUACUAAUCCUACACUGGUGGUUGAUUCUAGUGCAGUGGCUCUGAUCACAGAGCAUGGAAUGCUGGUGUCCGUCGGAUUUUCCGUUUUCAUUGCAGCGUUUUCUCUCCUAUAAAAACAUUAAUGAGCAGCUCAUAUUUUGGUCGGGUGCAAUUUUUAGUACUGUAUGAUAUCCUAAGUCGGCGUCGUUUUCAUAAAGUGCUUUCGAAUAAUUGCCAUGUAUUGUUUGCUUACUGUAAGGGUU